AUGGUACCCCGCCAGCCCAGCCCCCCCUCUAACCCUCCCAGUCAGCCGCGUCGGGUCCUGGAGGUGGGAGAGGCUGGUCCACCAGGCUACAUGAGGAGGGUAACAGUCAGGAGAGGAUCAGAUGACUCAUCCUCCACACCUGUUAAAGGAUUCGCUGGAGCACCAGGAUACAACCCUCCCGAGAAGCCAUUCUCCUUCAACAAACAUGAGACGAUCCCAGUAGCUGCCAAGGUCCCCUGGAACCCAGCUUCACAGACCCCACUAGUCACACCAGUGUCUUCAGACAGUAGUUUCCUGGCAGACCCCUUCUCCUUCUCUGCUGGCCUGACCACUCAGUUCUCUGGGGAGUUUGGAACCAUCCUCUUCAACAAGGUGCUGGUCAACGAUGGAGGACAUUACAACUCUCACACAGGUAUCUUCACGAUACCGAUGGAAGGGCGUUACCUGAUCUCAGGAGUUCUGAUGGCUCGGCAGGGGAAGGGACUGGAGGCUGUUUUGUCUGUCUCCAACCGUAGUGUCCAUAGGCUGAUGAGCUCCACGUCUGGAGCAGGGACAGUGGCCCAGGACAGUUGUCCCUGUGGAGGCUCUGUCUCGUUCAGCCUGAUCCUGUCUCUGAGGCAAGGGGACCACGUAGCUCUGGUCCGGACCGCAGGGCAGCUGGCCACCACAGAGUCCAGAGACAUCCUAUCAACAUUCAGCGCCAUCUUCCUCUAUGCCCCGCAGCCAAUCACCAGAUAGUUACCAAUGGGCCAACCAAUCACACAGCAAGGACUUGGUCAUGUACAUUCCACAACCAAUCAGAAAGCAGGAAUACAUUUAAACAGACACCAGAAAUCCAAUCACCUGCAACCCUGCAGUUGUUCAGAAUAAUGAUUUGUAUCAUAGAUAUUCACCAUGUAAAAAGUCAUUCUGCAACCCUGCAGUUGUUCAGAAUAAUGAUUUGUAUCAUAGAUAUAGAUAUUCACCAUGUAAAAAGUCAUUCUAUGCUCGCCUUUUUACUGAACAAUUAUGCCAAAGAUAUAAAAAAAAUAUUAAGUGUUAAUUCAUGUAUUUGACAAUAAAGAUGUUUUUUUUCUACCUUUUUGUUUUAAAACAUUUUCCUAAAUUAACAUUUAGACAAUUAUAUAUGUACUUUUUUUUCUUUAAAUAAAUGUCAGAGGGAAGAGACCACCAAAUAGUUUAUUCAGUAUUCCAUACCACAUCCUGUUUAGAUUAAUCUGUUUUACAGGUUAUUCCUUACCAAAACACUGUUACCAUUAGUAAAACAGUAGGGUUGAUUCAUUCCUUCACGUAUGUUGUCAAUAAACCCAUUUGAAGAUUU